CCAACUGAAAAGAAAAAUUAUCCAAUUUCUGUGUUGUCUAAAGUCUAAACACUUUAUAUAGCUCUUGUUAUCAUUAGUUGAAUUUGUUGCAAGGGAUUAAUAUAAUGGGGGGUUGGGUUAUGGUUGGUCGUUUUAUUGUGUGUUGUUGGCUAGUAGUAGUUGUUGUUGCGACAAUUGGCGACGCGACGAGUGCAGAUCACGUGCGUGUCCAAUGUGGGUAUACUCGAUAUCCAAGCCUGUGUCUCCGGACGCUGUCGCGUCUUGGCACGGAUUCUGGGAACCGACAUGUCGAUGUUUUGUCGGCGCUCCUUAACAGUACUGUUUCCUUAACCACUCUCCCUGUUUCCAAUUUCGAGUCCCUUAGCUCCAGCUUCGUCUCCUCCGAGGCUCAACUCGCCCGACACUCCAUAGGUUAUUGUCAUGAGUUGACGACGAUGUCGAACCAGAGGCUGAGCCAGGCGAUGGCGGCGCUAAAGGAGUCGCCGGAGAAGAACAAGGCUGAUAUCCAGACAUGGAUAAGCGCGGCCAUCACUUUCCAACAAACCUGCAAGGACUCGGCGGAUAAUCACGCGGCUUCGAACGAAUUAAUGGCUCAGAUUUCCCGGACUAUGGACUAUCAUUCCCGGCUGGCCAGCAAUGCGCUGGCGUUGGUGAAUAGGAUUACUAAAACCUCGCCGGAAACUAGAAACGCCGAGCGUCACCUGUCUGAGCGGUUUCCGAGCUGGGUGUCUGCCGGUGAUAGGAAGAUGCUUGAGUCGCCGUCGGGUGGAACGGUCCAAGCGGACGCCGUGGUGGCGAAAGAUGGCUCCGGGAAUUACAAAACGGUGUCGGAGGCCAUUAAGGCCGCCGGCGGCGGACGGUUCGUGAUUUACGUCAAGUCCGGCGUUUACAAGGAGAAAAUUCGUACGAAUAAAGAUGGAAUCACCUUGAUUGGAGACGGUAAAUAUUCCACUAUCAUUACCGGAGAUGAUAGUGUGGGUGGAGGCUCUUCCUUACAAGAAUCUGCAACUUUUGCAAUCAGUGGUGAUGGAUUUAUUGCGAAAGACAUAGGAUUCGAGAACACCGCCGGCGCCGGAAGUCAUCAAGCCGUGGCGCUUACCGUUUCUUCGGAUCAUUCUGUCCUCUUCAGGUGCAGUAUCGCGGGCUACCAGGACUCCUUAUACGCGCUCUCCCUCCGCCAAUUCUACCGGGAAUGCGACAUCUACGGCACCAUAGACUUCAUCUUCGGCAACGCCGCCGCCGUGUUCCAGAGCUGCCAGCUGGUGCUCCGCCGUCCGCGCAACGGCGGGGCCUACAACGUUAUCUUGGCCAACGGGCGGUCGGAUCCGGGUCAGAACACCGGGUUUUCGGUCCAGAAUUGUAAGAUCACUGUCGGGUCGGAUUUCUCGCCCGUCCGGAAUUCCUUCAAUUCUUUCCUGGGAAGGCCGUGGAAGCAGUACUCGAGGUCGGUGGUUAUGCAGUCGAAUAUCGACGGAGAGAUCGCGUCUCGGGGCUGGGUUGAGUGGCCCGGGGCUUCCGGAUCCGUCCUGAAAACGCUCUACUUCGCCGAGUAUGCGAAUAUGGGCGCCGGCGCCGGGCUCGGCGGACGAGUUGGGUGGCCCGGGUUCCAUGCCAUCGGAAAAGAUGAGGCCGAGAAGUUCACCGUCGCUAAUUUGAUUUCCGGCACGUCCUGGCUGCCGUCCACCGGAGUCACCUUCGUUUCCGGGCUGUGAUCGUUUAAUCUCAUCCGUACGUGUUUAUAUGAAUUUGGUUCAAAUAUAAUCUCAAACUAAUGCUGUACGUAGUUAUGCUUAUUGUGUGAAACUGUAAAAGGUUGAAGGAAAUUAUGACGCAAGCAUGUGCAGCUGCAAAUUAUACCAUGGACUAGAUUUACCUUGUAUUGUGGACCAUGGUUCGAAAAUAUAAACCCUGGUUCAUGCAUGGUGUAAUAAUUGAUGUGCGUCCUCCUUAGUCAAGACAAAUUAAAAUAGAUCAAUUGUACAUAAUGGUUUGCCUGCCACCCGACCUGGUUUCUAUUACACAAGUAAAUCAAAAUAUUUUUCUACUGAACAAAA